AUGAAGCUGGGAGAUACAUUUAGCUCAUUCGAAGCGUUUGAAAGUUGUUUCGCGGUCUACAAAGAUACUAACUUUGUAGACUAUUUUAUAAAAGAUUGUAAAACACUUGCUUCAAUUAAUGUCAAAUACCCCAAUGGCAGAAUGAGUACAGCACCAAAAGAAUUAAAAUAUUAUUAUAUUAAAUUUUAUUGUGGUGGAACAUACAAAAAAAAAAAAAUUAGUCUUGAUCAACGUGUGACAUCUACAAUGCGCCAAGGCUGUGAAGCUAGUAUUUAUUUAAAAGCAACUGAAAAUGGGAAAUUAUUAGAAAUUACAAAAAUUAACGAAAAUCAUAAUCAUGAAAUGUCAAGAACUUUAUAUAGUCAUCUUCCAAACCAAAGGAAAACUACACCAGAAACUAAGGCAAUAGUAUUAAAACUUAUGGACCUUAAGGCAAACAAAAAAAAGAUUCAGAACAAAACUAUGAAACAAAGUGGUAAAGUAAUUACUCUAAAGGAUUUGUCCAAUACUCGUACAACAGCAGGAAAUCAUUAUUCAAAGGAUGACUUAGCUGAAGUUGUUAAUAAAUUAAAGGAACAAUUUAACUGUAUAGUAGAAAUAUCAACAGAUGAAACAAACAAUUUGAAUGGUAUUUUUAUACAAGACAAAGUUAUGGCACAGUCUUUCAGUUCAUUUCCAGAAGUAGUAUUUGCAGAUUCCACAUAUAAACUGCUAGAUUUAAGGCUUCCAGUUUAUGUCCUGAUGACUGAGGAUGGUAAUGGGCAAAGUGAAAUAGCGGCAAUUGGUUUAUUAGUAAACGAAGAAGAAAUCACCUUGCGCUGGUUCUUUGAAACAUUUAAAAAAAACAAUCCAGCUUCAAUUAAAACUCGUACUUACGUUACCGAUAAAGACAUGAAGGAAAGAAAUGUUAUCAAGUCAGUAUUUCCCAAUGCUGCACUAAUAAUAUGUUUAUUUCAUACAUUACGCACAUUUAAUCGAGAAAUUACAUGUGAAAAACAAAAUAUAACACCGAAACAAAUAGAUGAUAUCAAACAAAUUUUUCAAAAUUUAACAUGCUGUAAGACACAAUUAGAGUAUGAUUCUGUAUAUCACCAUCUUCAAGCUAUGGCACCUGAAUCUAUAAUGGAAUAUUAUAAUAAGAAUUGGCACGAUAUACGCAAUGAAUGGGUUAUGGGUAUGACAUUUAAUACUGUGAAUUUUAUGAAUAAAACCAAUAAAAGGUUUGAGAGUUUUAACAGUAAAUUGAAAUCUGUAAUAACUAAUUUUUCAACGCUAGACGACUUUGUAGAAAAACUUUUCAUUGUUUUGGACUGUGUACGAUUGGAAAGGGACAAAAAUGCUAUAAAAUUGGUUCAAAAACGACCAACUCAAAAAAAUUCAAUUCCAGAGCUACAACUGUUUUAUAGUUUAUUAACACCGUAUGCAUUCAAUUCUCUAAAAACACAAUUUGAAUGUGCAGCUGAAAAUUAUGUUCUUGAGAAAACAACAGAAAAUAAUUGUAGUUGUCUUUUUUAUAACUCUAUGAGAUUACCGUGUUGUCAUAUAUUCAGUUUAAGGAAAAAACAGUCUCUAUCUUUAUAUGAUAAUAGUUUAUGUGAUGAAAGGUGGACUAGGAACUUUUAUUACCAAAACCAGAGGGUUUUCAAGAAUGUUGAGGUCAUAAACACUGACAAUGACAAUACUACAAUGACAACUUUGUACGAAAGAAAGAAAAUUCCCACAACUCAUGAGAAAUUUCGUAAGGCAUCGAUAAUAGGAGCAAAAAUUGCUGACCUUGUUUCAAAAUCAUCAAAUGUUCACUACCACCGAAAAAUUGAACAGUUGGAAUUUGUUUUUAACACUUGGUUAAAAGGGCAAGAAUUAUCAUUACAUAUAUUAGGUGCAAAUGAUGAAGUUAUGGAUGUGGUCGAAGAAGAAUGCUGUAAAAAUAAUGAUGUUGUGGAUGCCGUCGAUGAUCAAUGUGAUUUAUAUUUGGAUAAUUUUAAUGGCAUAAUGGAAGGUACAUAUGAUGAAGUUAUGGAUGUGGUUGAGUAG